AUCCAGCGGUCGUGCGUGCGAGAAUGCGUUUCAGUUUCGUUUAUAAACUUCUAUACGAAUGAGAUUCCUGAUCAUGUGAUUCUUGUAACUACAUUCCCAUGUGAAUUUUUCUAGUCUCACCUCUAGUCCCAGAAUCUAGUCUAAAUGGAAUUCUAUUUAUUGCACAUCAGUUUGACUUUAUAGUGAUUACAUGAAAAAAACUUUUUUUUAAUAUAUAUAUUUCAGAUAUUGAGUAUAUGUGCAAUAUUUGAAGACUCAAUGCAACUCAAGACUGCCAAGCAGUAUUAUAUUUCUGAUUUUGUGUUGAAAAUAAUAAUAUCUGGGACUUUCGUACCGGAAACGACGAUAUUUUCGCACUGGACUAAAUCAUAUUUGUGUUCUUGAAGACAUAUAAGGGACAUUUGUGUUAGAAAAGACACUUGUUGUUGUUUAUUAAUAACUUAUCUGGUGAAUUUUUUUUCUGAAACGGAACUUUAAAAAUUCAGAAUUAAAUAUGACCAGCAUUAUAUAAAAUUGCUAGGACUUUUAUAAAAACUGGACCUUAUUGAUAAAGCGUUUUAUUCCUGUUAAAUCAUUUUUUCUUGAACCGUAUAGAUGCCAGUUUUCAGAAAUUGAACGCCAAACGACUUUUUGUGAUAAAAAUGGAACCUUUCGGCAAGAACAACAGCAUCUGGUGUCCUAUACUUCUUCGAAAUUUCCGUGAAAAAAGAUUCAAACACGGCUAAGGCUUUUCUUACUAGCCGGGCACUCUACAAAAAUCACAUCAAGUCCCGAAAUUAUGCCUCGGGGUUUUCUAGUCAAACGUUUCGGCAAGACUUCACCCCCAUUAUCAUCCCUAUCAUCUAUUCCUGCAUCCCAAACGUGUUCAUCAUCGACUCCAUCACUUUCUUCUGCAUAUUCGAGGAUCAGAAGAUAUUCGGACGAAGAUAGGAGUGAUACCAGCUCUGACCACGAACUGCCUGACCCCUCUGACAUCAUUCGAAACACCUUAUUUUGUCAUCCUGGUCCACCUCCCCUAAGGUCCGGCGUCCCUCAAAAGUCGUCUACUGAAGGAUCUGACGGCGAUACACCAUCGCCUCCUUUGUCAAGAUUUGGAUCAGAUCUUUGCCAGGACGUCCCUCUGGCACUGACGACAGACAAAUCUCCCCACUCUCCAAGUAAUGGAAGACUUGACAAUCGCAUUUAUCACCCCAUUAGAAACUCCGUCUUGUUCUUCCAACGCCAUGAUGGCAUAUACACGCCGAGCACUCCCCCUCCCUUAAAACCCAAAUCAACUCCCCCUCAUCCUCAUUCAGCUCCAGCCUCAACUGUGACCGCUGAAAAGCAGCAAGCCAUCACCCCCAAGGUCAGCUCCUGCCAGCCUCCUAAAAAGCGUGUUUCCGAUACGGGCUCUUCCGACGCCAAAGCGAAGACAGCCAAAAAGAGCAAAGUGGCCAGAAAGCUCAACUUUGACCAAGAUAAAAGUUCUCCAGUGUCUGGAACAUUCAUUCGGGACAUUGACGACGACGAAGUCAUGUUGGCCACUUCUCAUCCCUCUGCCGUUAAAAGAGGUGACAUCGACCCAAGCUUAAAUGUGGUGGUUAUAACGGACGAAGCAAGAGCAGAGCUUGCCAAAAUCGAGAACAAGAUUGGCGAUUAUGUGUGCCAACUCUGCAAAGAACAUUAUGACGAUGCCUUCGGAUUGGCCCAGCAUCGCUGUUCGAGGAUCGUCCACGUAGAGUAUAGAUGCCCUGAAUGUGACAAGGUCUUCAACUGUCCAGCCAAUUUGGCAUCUCACAGGCGAUGGCACAAGCCUCGUCCACCACCAGGCAUGAAAAAUGGCAGUGCCAAUUCCAAAAAUCAGCCUAAAUUGUUGUCUAACAGCGCUGAAAAGUCUGUAGUGAAAACGGACAUUAAGUUACCCAUCAAGGAGGGGUCACACCAAGGCUUCACCACCGAUCCAAGCGACACUGAAAGCAUCAGGGAUGCAUCAUCUCCAGAACUGUCAUCAAAUCGCAGGUACUCUACCUCCAGCGAUGACAAGGACUUAGAAUGCCAUCUUUGCUGCAAAAAAUUCAGCCAGUAUUUCUACUUUAGGAAGCAUCUUCUAUCUCAUUUGACUACCGAUGCGAACGGACAAUUGGAGAAUGAAGUCCUCCAAAGCGUGUUUUCCAAAAGUAUUUCCGAGAAGAGAACGGCUCUAGCGAGACUGAACUUCACCCCACCCCCAGAGAAUGAGAAAGCGGAGAAGAACAUUUUUACUUGUUCCAUCUGUGGGUUGAUGUUCCAUUCAAAGGCUGACAUGGAACAGCAUACCUUCAAGCAUGAUGAACUCAAAGGCAUCCAAUGUAAGUAUUGUCCAAGCAUCUUCUAUAGCUCUGCUGGGUUGACAAGGCAUAUCAACAAGCAUCAUCCAAGUGAAAACAGACAGGUUCUUCUUCUACAGUCUCCUGUUGUCCGCCCUAUGUCUACGUAAAACAUAUUUGAAAUCUAGCGCUUGAUACGAUGCCAAGUUUCGACGUCAAAUGUCUUUUAGCUCUUUCUUUGGCAUACUCUUGGUACCGCAUAUGCUAUAGAUAUUCAUGAAAUAUUUAACCAUGAGGCAAAAAAUCUGAUAAAUGAUUCAACAAUUAAGACGCCACGGUAUAUACGUAAAUUAUUAUAUUGGUGAUGUCUUAGAAGUUAUUAUUUUUAAAAUUUCAGGAACUGCAAUGUUAGCAUAUGUUGAAAAUGAAAAUAUGGGAGAUGUAAAAUUAUUAGUUUUAUGAAUUGUCUGAUGAAAAAUGUUGAUUCUAGUCUCCGAUUUUGGAUUUCCGCCUGUUUCUGUAGGAAAAUUUAAAGUUUGAAAUUAUGUGAAUUUUACGGUCAUAAUGCUCAUGCCAAAAAAUAACUCAUACUUCUUUAUCAGGCUUAGUUAAUUAACUUUUUAUUUAAAGUAAAACUAUUAGCAUUAAUUAAAAAUAAUUUUGUUUUUAUGUUAUAAUUAAUUGAAUAAACAAUUCUUUAUGAAUUAAAAACUAGUUUUAAAAUUUUAGAGGAUUGUUAUGGGAAAUAUGCAGGAAUAUUCUAUUGAUUUUAUUUAAAAAAAAAAAAACUCAGACAAAAGAAUCUCGUAUGAAUUAAUUAUUGACUAUAUCUGAAAUUUCGAAUGUAAAUAUAUCAUGGGUAUUCGUUAUCAUUCUAAAAUUCUUUUUUAUGAAAUAAUUUUUCACAAAGAAUUUUUGCUUAAAAAAUUUAGAUUAAUAUUCUUAAUAUGGCCGUAAAUAUUCAAAAUCCUUUAAAAAAAGGGGAAAUCUUAAAAAAUAAAUUCCGAAAAAAAUCAUAAAAAUCUCAUUUCUAGUCAAUGAAGUAUUCAAAAUAGAUAAACUAAAUCAAAAUUCGGAUUUUCAGUUUUCUAAUAAAGGACUUCUGUAGCAAGAUAAUUUAGUUUCAGAAUGGUUAAGAUAUUUGUUAAUAAGUAAAUUUACAUUAAUUUUAUCUUUUUAUUUGUAUAUUUUCAUGUGAAUUUUUUUAUGAUUGUUUAUUUUGAAAAGUUUCCUAUGCCAUGCAGACGUGCCAGUUAAACUCGCCUACUUUAAUACAUCCAUCUUAGUCUAAUUGAUUUUUUUAAAAUCAUAUAUGGCCUUUUCCAAAUCUCAGUUAUUAAAUAUUAAGAAAAAUAAAAAUAAAAAAUAAAAAAUUUUCAUUUAUUAAACCAUGUGAAAUUCCUCAACCACAUCAUGUUUACAUACUUCAAAAUUAAGCAUUAAUUUGUCAUUAAUAAAUUAUUUUAUUUAAUUCACUGCUACAUAAUAUAUUUAAUAUUUUUUCAUUAUUUCUCUUGAUAGUUUGAUUGUUUAACUGAUAGUGGAAAUUAUUAUCACUAAAAAUGUUUAAAAAACGAUUUAAAACACAGCCCUGACCUAUAAAAAAUGCGACUGCCUGAAAUACAAUUAUAUUAACUUAGAUGAUAAUACAAGACUUUUCUAAAAAUGAUGGGGUUUUUUCCCCCUUUUUGUUUUGACUUUCAUCGAAUUCUAGUGAUAUUGAAAGUAUACUAGAAGCUAUUGAAAUUCCCGGUUAAACAAUAGAAUUUUAUUCCACCAGAAUUUCAAAUCCCUAAUCGAUCAAAUUGCACAAUCCAUUCCCAGUAAAAAUUCUUCUAUUUUUAUUAAUAAUACAAAGAAUAAAUUAUUAUCGAGCAUUAUGUUGAAUUAUAAUUUCUAGAAUGAGCACAAUAAGAAGUGAAAAAAUAUUGAAUAACAAAUUACAUUUCAAAGAAUCUUUAAUUCAGAGGUUUUCACAAAAAGAAUUGUAACAAAGCUCUUUGAGCAAACAUUUCCAUUCUUUGAAAAGCGGUUUCACCAUGAACAUGCUCGCUCUAUAAACAAAGAAGCUUGUUAGUCUAUUUUAUUUUUUCCCCUAAAGUGGCAACACGGUUUUCUGCAAAAUAGACAAAUUCCGAACUCGCAGCUGUCCCUAAAUACUCACAGACAUCAAACAUUCAGGUUGAGAUUCGGGGAAGCGUUUUGAGUCCCAAGGGGAACUAGGAAAUUAGUUUGUGUAAAACGCAGGGAAAAUGCUCAAGGUCAGACUGAAAUAUCCGCGGAAGCUAUUUCCGAGUUUUUGGACUUCUUUUUAUGGAGGUUGUAAAUCAGGAAAUAACUAAAAAUGGAUAAAUCUGGCCUCGUUUUAGGAAAAAAAAGAAUGGGAAUUUUUUAUAGCAAAAUGCUUGAAGAUUCUUGGAUUCUUUCAGCAUAAUAGACAAAGGACGUAAUGGGUUGUUUUUCUUUGAAAUCUGCUUUUAAAAAGAUCUUUGACAUUCCUAUUUUUUUACAAGAUUUUAUAUAAAGCAUCUAUCUAAUCAUUUCCAAGAAUAUUUAGGACCAGUUUCUAAAAAUUGUCUUGGAAUUCCCAGGUAAUAUUUUAAAGACAGUAUGGCAUUAAAUUUUAUUUGCAGAUUUUUUUUUUAAUUUUUGAAUAAAAAAAAAAAGAAAUGCUUUUAAUUUAUAUCUUAUAAAGAACAUUGAUUACACCUAAAAUAUCUGAGUAUUGAAACAAAUUUUUAGCCAUUUAAAAAAAAAAACAGGUUUAGAUAUAAUAAAAUCUA